GGUGCACAUGUUGUCGGAGAGCUAGAGGGAGCAGCAGUUCAUGAAAGCUGCUCGAAGUAGGAAGACGAUCAAAACGGAAAGAUAGGGACGCAAACAAUAAGUCCUUCCUCCACCACUGAUUUUUGUAUAGAUAUUUUAAAUUAUUAUUUAUUGUAAAAGACGUCCCAGUGGACGCUAGAAUUUGUGCUGCUUUCCCCUCUUCACUUAUUCCUGGCACCUUUGUGACGGUCGAAGAGAAGAUUUAUCUUUGCAGAGACCCACUGAAAGUUGAACUUGUGCGGGGAAGGAAAGGGGGGAAAUAACUGAAGUUGUGGAGCAACCCGGCGGGGGCCAUGAGGGUGAAACUCGGCUUCCUCUUACGCAGUCUGCUGAUCGUCGGCACUUUCCUGGCUCUGGUGACGCUCUGGUCCCGGUUGCUGUCGACACAGGGCGAGGACGGCAACCCCUUCGCCCGGCAGAUGCCAGGAAGAGAUGGCAACAAGCAACUGCCGAAUAUAGCUGAUAAUGGACCUGUUUUGAAUAACAGAUUUCAGCCAGUUGUUCCUUGGCCUCAAGUUGAAGGAGUGGAAGUGGACCUAGAAUCUAUCCGAUUGAAAAAUAAAAAUGCACGACAACAGCGUGGUGCUGACAAUAACCAACAGAAUGCCAUACAGCAACAGUAUGUUACAUUCAAACCACAGAAGUUUGCUUACCCCGAUCCAGUGUUGAGAAAUGGUGUCCUGGGAAACUUUGAGGCCAAACAGCCAGAACCACCAGGUAUAAUCAAUGGCCCUGGAGAAGAAGCCAAGCCCCUAGUGUUGGGUCCUGAAUAUAAAGAUGCUGUGCAGGCAUCUAUCAAGGAGUUCGGUUUCAACAUGGUGGCCAGUGAUCAGAUAUCACUGGAUCGAACGAUCAAUGAUCUGAGACAUGAAGAAUGCAAGUAUUGGAAUUACGAUGAACGUCUGCUGACAUCCAGUGUUAUCAUUGUCUUCCAUAAUGAAGGAUGGUCAACACUUAUGAGAACUGUCCACAGUGUAAUCAAGAGGACACCCAAGAAGUACCUAGCAGAAAUUGUUCUAAUUGACGAUUACAGUAACAAAGCACAUUUAAAAGAAAGAUUAGAUGAUUAUUUGAAACAAUGGAAUGGAUUAGUCAAAGUAUUUCGAAAUGAAAGAAGGGAAGGAUUAAUUCAAGCAAGAAGUAUUGGUGCUCAUAAAGCAACACUUGGACAGGUUUUGAUAUAUCUUGAUGCUCAUUGUGAAGUUGGACAUAACUGGUAUGCACCACUAAUAGCCCCCAUUGCUGCAGACAGAACUACAUGUACAGUUCCCCUUAUAGAUUACAUAGAUGGCAAUGACUUUACCAUUGAACCACAGCAAGGUGGGGAUGAGGAUGGUUUUGCCAGAGGGGCCUGGGAUUGGAGCUUACUAUGGAAGCGUGUACCAUUGAACAGUCGUGAAAAGGCCAGAAGAAUACAUAAAACUGAGCCUUAUCGGUCCCCAGCUAUGGCUGGGGGGUUAUUCGCUAUUGAACGGGAUUUCUUCUUUGAGCUGGGGCUCUAUGAUCCUGGUCUUCAGAUCUGGGGAGGUGAAAACUUCGAAAUAUCCUAUAAGAUCUGGCAAUGUGGAGGAAAAUUGCUGUUUGUACCGUGUUCUCGUGUUGGUCAUAUUUACCGCCUGCAUGGGUGGGCAGGGAAUCCACCACCUGCUUAUGUUGGGUCCUCUCCAACAUUAAAGAAUUAUGUUCGUGUUGUUGAAGUCUGGUGGGAUGAUUAUGCAGACUAUUUCUAUGCAAGCCGUCCAGAAACAAAAGCCUUGGCUUAUGGAGAUAUAUCAGCACUGAAGAAGUUUCGGGAGGACCACCACUGCAAGAGUUUUAAAUGGUUCAUGGAAGAAAUAGCUUAUGAUAUUACAGAACACUAUCCAUUACCACCAAAAAAUGUAGAAUGGGGAGAGAUCAGAGGACAUGAAACAGAUUACUGCAUUGACAGCAUGGGCCACACCAAUGGUGGGUUUGUCGAGCUGGGGCCUUGCCAUCGAAUGGGAGGAAAUCAGCUGUUCCGAAUCAAUGAAGCCAAUCAAUUAAUGCAGUACGAUCAAUGCUUGUCCAGAGGAGCUGAUGGCUCGAAGGUUAUGAUUACACACUGUAGUAUGAAUAUGUAUAAGGAGUGGCAGUAUAUGAAGACACUGCAUAGAUUCACACACAUUCCAACGGGCAAGUGCUUAGAUCGCUCCGAAGUGCUUCACCAAGUUUUCAUCUCAGAUUGUGAUUCUGCAAAGACCUCGCAAAAGUGGGAGAUGAAUAACCUGCUGGCGGUGUGAUCUGUCAUGUAAAUGUACAAGAUGAAAAUUAUCUGUAUAUUGCUGCAAAAAACUGUACAGCUUAGUGUGUAAAUAUUUUUGACACUUUCAUUUCAAUGAAGGAUCUAGAAAAAUUGUGAUUAUGUAAUAGUCAAAAUUAUGUAAUUACAAAUCACAGUAUAAUUUUUUAAUACCUUGAAAGUUCUUAGAUGUUUACAACUUAUUUUGCUGUUAUCUUGACAAACUUUACCUUAGUAAUAAGGUGCAAUCCAAUUCUUUGGGGGAUAACACUCAGGGGCGCUCAACGUUGGUUGCUUUUCCUCAAUAGAUUUGUUUCAGUAGGUACAUUGUAAUUAGGGUCAUCUAAUUUCCCCAGUUAGACCAGAGCUGGAUUUUAAGUUCUAAACUAUCCAGUAUAUACAUCACAGGUAGCCCAAGGUUUUCAUUAAAAUGUGUUUUUUAUCCAGUAACUAUUGUCUCUGAUAUUGAGGGUGGUCAUCUGUGAGGUUCCAAGGGCUCUUGUUUGGUUAUUUUGAAACUUUGCUAUUGGUGGAGGGGGGAGUUGGUGAUGGUGUUCUUUGCCCAUAUCAAUUUGAUUCUAACAAUGUCUGUUGCCAAAAGGAAAAGGUGCUAUUAAUGCUGCAGACAUUGAUCAUUAUAAAUAAACAUUACAUUCCUUUUAACGAUAAGUACAGAAAUAGGAUGUGGUAAAAAUCAUUCUAAACCUUGUGAAUUUGUACAAUCCCCUUGGGUCCAGUGUCUCCAAUACUCGCUCCAUACCAGAUGGUCAAUUGAACUUGGCAAUCUUUAAACUCUUUGUCAAAAAGAUGAAAAAAUUCUGAUUUUCAUCAUUGUUUUAGAAAUGAUCUCAAAAAUCCUUUUCCAAGAUUUCAGCUAGUUUACGUUUGGAUCUUUGCUACUUUAGCCUCUUUAAGCAGUAAAGCUUGCUUGAUACCUAUUUAUUAAAAGAAUGAAUAUUUAUCUUAAAAUGUUUGUGUUUUAUACUAAUUGAUAAUCUAGCUCUACCAUUUUUUAAACAUCUUGAAUUUGUUGCUCAAAUUCUCUUUCCAUAGAUGACCCAUUCCUCCAUACAGUUUUAUAUAAAAAUGAUGCCAAGUAUGUCAUUCGGGAAAUUAGCUGGUCUUGAAAAACUCUGUGCCAUAUGAAAUAUAUUUUUCUACAAUGUACUUGAAUGUUGGUAGGAAUAAAGGUAUUUAACUUUAUACUAUAAUGUCAUGGCUGCAGCAGUUGAUCAUAAAAUAUAAGUUAUUUUUCUUUCCAUACGCACUUCCGGAUAAAAAACUCUAAUUACUUAAGGUUGUUGUACUAUUUAAGUUGAGCACUUUGCUGCAAUAGACCUUUCUGUAAAUGAUUGCAGAGGAGGUUCAAAAUUCAUCAGCCAAAACACUCCCUUUAUAACUUGAAUCUAUUGCGCAAGUUUUCUUUUGGUUAUGCGCAACUGUUGACAGACUGUAAAUAUUCCCACAAAUGGCGAUUCCUGUACAUACUGUAAAAUAGGACUUACUUUAGCGGGCUAAAAUUUGGGAUGGAAAAGAUAUCCAACUUUUCAAAUUUCGAAUGGUUGUUUGUUCUGCUGUAUAUUUGUUCUGAAGUUGUCAUCAAGCCAAAUAAAAACAACUACAACAUAU